AUGCACGAAUAUGUUUUGUCUAUUGUUGUUUCUUUUGCUUCAUUUAGAGAAGAAGAAGCAGCAGAAGAAGCAGAAGAAGCAGUAGUAGAAGCAGAAGUAGCAGCAGCAGCAGCAGCAGAAGUAGUAGAAGCAGCAGCAGCAGCAGCAGCAGCAGAAGUAGUAGAAGAAGAAUCAGCAGCAGAAGAAGAAGAAGAAGCAGAAGUAGUAUUAAUAGAAGAAGAAGAAGAAGGAAAUGGAUGA